AUGCUUAGAGAUUCCUUUCCUUUUUUUUCAGAUGUUCUCUGCGUAACCUAUCCUUGCUUUUUUAUUUGUCUUGUAAAAUUCAUUCAUUCUGCCGCACCUGCUAUCCCCUUCCGCCUCACCUGUUAUCCCCUUCCGUCUCACCUGCUAUAUCCCUUCGCCUCACCUGUCAUCCUCUUCAACCGCAGCUGUUAUCCCCUUCCGCCUCACAUUUUAUAUCCCUUCGCCUCACCUUCUAUCCCCUCCUGCCGCAUCUGUUAUCCCCUUCCGCCUCACCUGUUAUCCCCUUCUACCGCACCUGUUAUCCCCUUCCGCCUCACCUGCUAUAUCCGUUCGCCUCACCUGUUAUCCCCUUCCGCCUCACCUGCUAUCAACUUCUGCCGCACCUACUAUCCCCUUCUGCCGCACCUGUUAUCCCCUUCCGCCUCACCUGCUAUAUCCCUUCACCUCACCGGCUAUCCCAUUCCGCCUCACCUGUUAUCCCCUUCCGCCUCACCUAAUGCAGGCUGUUUCUUUUCAAUAAAUGUACUAAAAAGAUAUUCAGAAAGCACUGUGUCAACUACAAAUGGAAUUCUCUCUCUCUCACUCUCUCUCUCUCUCUCUCUCUCUCUCUCUCUCUCUCUCUCUCUCUGUUAA